UUGGGGUCUGCGUUUGUUGAGGAAGCUCUUCAGAAGGCGAUUGAGCUGACAGAUGCUGCUUAUGUUCGUACAAGUGAAAGAGUGAAGAAGUCCCUGUCUGAGGGCACCCUAAAGCCCAGUGACCUGUUGGCUCAGUUCAAACAGACAGAGACUUCAGUCCGGAGGCACAUUUAUGCAGCUGAACUGUUGGACAACACUGUAGAGCUGAUCAGAGAAAUGGUCUACACUCACAGCAUGGAGCAGCCACAACCACAUGAGUUGUUGAGUGGGAGAGAUGUAGAGAACUUGCUACAUAUGACGGGCUGCUCCUCUGAGCUGCAGAGACCGAAGUGUCCCUCUGACUGUGUCUCCGAGCGUUACCGGACCAUCACAGGAGACUGCAACAACAGGAAGUAUCCGAGGUGGGGUGCUGCUAACAUCCCAUACUCUCGCUGGCUCCCUCCUGAGUAUGAAGAUGUGUGGGGGGCACCAAGAGGCUGGGACCUGGAUCACACUUAUCACAACGCCAGCCUUCCUCCAGUGCGACUUGUGUCCCAAGAGGUACUUUCCACCCAAAACAAUAACAUUUCUCUGGACUCCACCUUGUCCCAUCUGUUGGUGGACUGGGGCCAGUGGAUUGACCAUGACGUAGUGCUGACGCCGCAGAGUCCUAGUACAACUGCCUUUAAGACAGGGGCAGACUGCAGCCAUUCUUGUAGCCAGGACACUCCCUGCUUCCCCAUACAGAUCCCUCUGUCGGACCCUCGCAGUGGUAUCCAAAACUGUAUGCCAUUUUUCCGGUCCGCUCCUAGCUGCUCCAAGGGCGUCCUGCCUCACCACCACCGGGAGCAGCUCAAUGCCAUCACCUCAUUUGUGGACGCCAGUAUGGUUUACGGCAGCUCAGCAGGUCUGGCCUCUGUCCUGAGGAACCAGUCAUCUCCAUAUGGCUCUAUGGCUCUGAACUCACAGUGCUGGGAUGAGGACCUGGCCUAUAUGCCAUUCCUGCCCCGAAUGCAGACCCACCUAGAUCCCUGUGGCCCCCGAAACUCCAGCGCCUCACCCAGAUCUGUUGCUCUGGGGAAUAGCACGUCGUGCUUUCAGGCUGGUGAUUCAAGAGCCAAUGAGCAUCUGGGUAUGGUCGUCCUCCACACUCUGUUUCUGAGAGAGCACAACCGACUGGUCACAGAACUGCAUCUGCUCAACCCUCACUGGAGUCCUGACACUCUCUACCAGGAGGCCCGCAAAAUCAUGGGAGCAAUACACCAGAUAUUAACAUGGGAACACUACCUUCCACGGAUCCUCGGUGACAGUGCUGUGGCUGAUCAAAUGCCCCCUUACAAAGGCUAUGAUGCUUCAGUGGAUCCUACCAUUGCUAACGUGUUUGCUACUGCUGCAUUUCGCUUCGCCCACGUCACUGUUCAGCCGAUGGUGGCCAGACUGGGACCCGGCUACUCUAUAGACUCCCAGAAUCCUCCACUGCCUCUACACCAAUCACUGUUUGCCUCUUGGAGAGUUGUACAGGAAGGAGGGAUUGACCCAGUGUUACGUGGUCUCUUGCUGUCACCGGCCAAGCUGCAGACUCCGGGUCAGAUGAUGGUGGAGGAGUUGACAGAGCGGCUGUUUCAGGCUCAAGGAGGGAUCCCUCUUGACCUCGCUGCUCUGAACCUCCAGAGAGGCAGGGACCACGGGCUGCCAGGUUAUGGUGCAUGGCGCCAAUUCUGUGGACUCACGGUUCCCAACACCACGUCUGAACUGGCUGAUAUUUUGGGAAACUCCACCUUGGCCCAUAAAUUUCAGCUCCUAUAUGGGACACCACACAACAUUGAUGUUUGGGUGGGAGCCAUCUCUGAGCCUCCUCUGCCUGGAGGUCGAGUGGGACCUCUGCUCUCCUGUCUGUUAGGAAGACAAUUCAGGACCCUUAGAGAUGGCGACAGAUUUUGGUGGGAGAGAAAAGGAGUAUUCAGUAGCUCCCAGAGGAAACAGCUGCACUCUGUGUCUCUGUCCCGCAUUAUCUGUGAUAACAGCCACAUCACCUCUGUGCCUAUAGACCCCUUCACACGCACUGAGAGCCCUGAGGACCUGCUGUCCUGCUCCCACCCUCUCAUCCCCCACCUGGACCUCAGCCCCUGGAAAGAGCCAGAGAGUGAUCCAAAUUGUGGUCUCAUACCCCAGAUUAAAGCAGGAUACUCUCUGCUCUGCCACUCCACGGUUCUAUAUGAGUGCCAGUCUGGUUACAAGCUGCUGGGGUCCUCAUCUAUUACAUGUGACCCAAAUACCAGAAAGUGGAGGCCUGCCCCACCAUCCUGCCAUGAUAUCAAUGAAUGUGAAGAAAAAGUUUCGCCUUGCCCCCAAGAUGGAAACUGCUUAAAUUCACCAGGAUCAUUUAUAUGCAUAGAUUCAACCACACCAACUACAUCUUCCGUUAUUACUGCUGUUAUUGUAGUCAUUGGUGGUGCUGCUCUUUUGGUUAUGUCCAUGAUCUGUUAUCGAAAGUAUUACCCCAAGAGAGAAUUUGUUGAUGCAAAAUGUUGUCAUGCAAAAAGCUGAAUUUAGAUACUUUU